AGAAAAAAAAGUGCACUUUUUUGAAAAAGAGAGAAAAUGAUUUAUGGUUUUCAAAUGUUGUUGUAAGUAAAAUCCUCCAAAGUGUGGUGUGUGUUAAUCAGUAGCCCCCUUUAUAUUGAUACCACUGGAUAAAAUCUUUUCCAUCCAAUUAUCUUCAGAGGUCAGAGGGAAAUAGAUUCAACCUAUCUUACAUAAGCUGACAGGCCUAGGAAGAAGCGUAGCAGCUAUGAGAUCUACAGUAACUUUUGAGGAGCUGCUCAGAAGGGAAAAUAUAACUGUAUAAAUGUUAAGUAAAUUGGGCACUUAGCAAAGCUUGCACUAAUCAAAGAGAGACAAGAAGAGAGUCAGAAAAUUAGUAGAGAUCCCUUUUAAAGUCUAUUACAAUCCAUGAAUGUGACAUAUCAAAAAUUGGUUAGAUGAGGACAACACUAAACUAUGUGGCGUACAGGUAAAACACUACGUGGGAUAUGAAACUAACUUGGGAUAUCCUCGACUAACUUAUAUCCUCAGUGAAACAUGGUAGUGGCAGGGUCAUACUGUGGAUCAAUUUUAUUCAGUUAGCAUAAUUUAGGGGGAGGAAGAAUGGAUAAAACAGGGCUGCAGGAGUAGAAAACAUGUCAGACUGCAAAAUAAAUGAGAAUGGGUUAGAGGUUAGGAAUCUGUUACAAGAACAUUCAUGUACCAAAUAAUCUGACUGUGUUUUAGAUGUAGAUAAGACUUAUCAGAAAGCAUCGAUUCAGAAGGACUAAAUACAGAGGUACACUACACUGUAAAGGAUCAUUUUACAGUGAAAAAUAUAGAAAGACUAACAGGAAAACCAUCUAUCACUUUCCUUUUACUUCACAGGUAAGCACUUGUAUUAGUCCAUCGCAUAAAGUUACAAUGAAAUACAUUGAUGUCUGUAGUUGUAAUGUGACAAAAUGUGAUACAGAGUGUGAAUACUGUGGUUAGGCACUGUGUUAUAAGAACAGUUUAUUUUUAAUGUUUAUGGAAAUUUUGCUGAUCAGAUAAUUCACCCAUCAGCUGACACACCACUUUGUGUGUUUGCAUGGCUUUGAUUCUGUGUGCAUGAAUCCUCUUUUCAAUGUGUUAACAGCAAAUUACCCCGAAAGGAUUACCUUCAUUAGACAUCAUUACCAACAUCAUUAAGCCGAUGUUCAUAACCGAUCAUAAUGUUUGAUUUUAAUUGCUCUUUUGAAACAUUGAGCCAAAAAAGCUAAUGUAAUUUCACACCCAACAUGCCACCAUCCAGACAACAUACAGUACACUGCUUGUUGUAUUAACGCAUGUUUGAAUACACAGCAAAGCAGCAGCCCAAAAUUCCCUCUCACCCUUAACUCACUGCUGAAACAUGUGGUUAAAGGCUUUCUUUCCCCCUUGUCAUGUCAUUGUCAUUCCAUUUCACAGGUCCUCCUGUAAACGUUACAUGCAAUAUUUUUAUCAACAGCUUCGGUUCUGUCACAGAGACAACCAUGGUCCACCAGUUAAUGUUACCUGCAACAUAUUUAUCAACAGCUUUGGUUCUAUAGCAGAAACUACAAUGGAUUACAGAGUGAACAUCUUCCUGCGACAGAAGUGGAACGACCCUCGACUGGCAUACAGUAAAUACCCAGACUCCUCGCUGGACCUGGACCCGUCCAUGCUGGACUCCAUAUGGAAGCCAGACCUUUUCUUUGCCAAUGAGAAGGGGGCCAACUUCCAUGACGUCACCACGGACAACAAGCUGCUACGCAUCUUUAAGGAUGGAACUGUGUUGUACAGUAUUAGGUUGACUCUUAUUCUGUCAUGUCCAAUGGAUCUUAAAAACUUCCCAAUGGAUGUGCAAACCUGUACGAUGCAGCUGGAGAGUUUUGGCUACACUAUGAACGACUUGGUUUUUGAGUGGCUGGAGAACGGUGCGGUGCAGGUGUCAGAGGGACUCACCCUGCCUCAGUUCAUCAUGAGGGAAGAGAAGGAGUUGGGAUACUGCACUAAACAUUACAAUACUGGCAAAUUCACCUGUAUUGAAGUUAAAUUCCACCUGGAACGACAAAUGGGUUACUACUUGAUCCAGAUGUACAUUCCUUCUCUCCUCAUCGUCAUCCUCUCCUGGGUGUCUUUUUGGAUAAAUAUGGAUGCUGCUCCUGCGAGAGUGGCACUGGGCAUCACCACUGUGCUUACGAUGACCACUCAAAGCUCUGGCUCUAGAGCUUCUCUUCCAAAGGUCUCGUACGUGAAAGCCAUUGAUAUCUGGAUGGCUGUGUGUCUGCUCUUUGUAUUUGCUGCAUUGCUAGAAUAUGCUGGGGUUAAUUUUGUCUCCAGGCAACAGAAAGAGUUCCUCCGCCUGAGGCGAAGACAAAGACGGAAUCACAAGGAAGAUGAAGGCCGUUUUAAUUUUACCGGCUACAACAUGAGUCAGUGUAUGCCAACGAAGGAGGCCGUUAAGAACGCCGUUCCGACUCCGAACCCCCAGCCCUCAACUCCAAAGGACAUUGAUGCUAUGAGGAAAAAGUUUGUGGACAGAGCCAAGAGGAUAGACACCAUCUCCCGGGCGGCCUUCCCGCUGGCGUUUUUGAUCUUCAACGUCUUCUACUGGAUCACGUAUAAGAUCAUUCGACAUGAAGACGUCCAUAAACAGUAACAUGGACUCAAACCUCAGCUGAUAAUGUUGUAUUUUUCCUUUUCUCAGAUUGAGAAAUGCUCGGGAAACUGCCUGCCUAGAGCCACCAUGGCAGCAAUGGGGGUGUUUUUUCAGGGAUAAAGUUCAGUGUUUAUGCAUCAUAAAAGUAAAAUGCUCACGUAUCUGACAAUGAAAAGGCUCUUGAAUCACAGAUGCUUUGUUUGUUCUUGUGUGCUGCCUAGUAUCUGAUACAGACUUAGUAAGUCGGCGAAGAAGACGGACCAAAACCCUCUUGAAUCUGGCGUGCUCUGGCAUCACUACAACCAAGGAGAACGUUCAACAUUCCAUGGAUUUGUGACUGUAAGCUAGCGUAGAUCCUUUUUUUUUUAAAGAAAAUUUCUUAUCAAUGAUGUUUAAACUGUUUUAUAGUGUACUAUUGUUUUGGCACUUCUCUCUGUUUUUCUGUUUAAAACCUGUUCUUACCAAGCAGAGCAUGUAUAAAUGUAUUAAAUAUUAAGGAGCUGCACAUGUCUCAGGUAUCGCUGUAAAAAGAGAUGGAACUCUGGGGUGGAGAUGUAUAGUUUCCAUUUCUAUGAAAUACCUGAAGCCUUAGAUAUUAGAUUUGGUUUGAAAGAAGUGCUACGCUCUUAGAUAUAUCUACCAAGUAUUCACCUGAUACCUGAUGUCACAAAAGGUUUUAAGCUUUGUUUAAGUGGUUUUAGGUUCUGCCUAUCAUUUUUGUGUUUCUCAAAGAAAGCUUGCCACAGGAGGCUUUCUAAACAAAUGUAUAACUGGACCAAACUUUGAUUGUACAUUUCUCUGUGUUGUCAUAUGCAUAUUAAUUAUUACACCAGGUAAUUACUCCAGGUAUAUUUGGUACUCUGUUUUGUAGAUUUAGUUAAAUUGGAUAUUUAUUGUAAUGUCUGAAAGAUCAUGUUUAUAAAGUUAUAUCUUCGUGUAAAACUAUUCACUUUCUAAUGCAGACUAUUUUUCUUCAUUUUGAGAAUUUGUGGAGACCAUCAACAGUGAAGUAUGGAUCUACAAUUAACAAAUUAACAGAACAAAGUACAAGCUAUACAAAGCAGCUAAUGGUAACUGCACUCCUUAACAAAUUAUUUUCUUAAAUGCUAUUCAUGAAGAAUGAUUAUUUACUGACCUGUAUAUAAAUAAAAGUGACUG